AUGUUGCCCUGGCCCUGGCUUCCUGCGGGCAUCGGCCCCUGCUCUCUCGGACCACCGCCUCCUGGGCGAGACAGAGGCCUUGGCAACAGAGGCGUUCAAGCACUCCCGCGGCGAGUGGGUGGUGCUUUGAUAGGCUUGGGCUUCUUUGGUUUUUGGCCCCGGAGCAGCUCCGCAAAGCAAAUGCGGUCGAGCCGUGAGGUCGACCGCAAACAGCUCGAGGAUGGAUCGGAGGUGGUCAAGUUGGCCUCGGGCGUGCAGUACAUCGACCUGCGGGUUGGCCGCGGAGAGGUCCCCGAGCUGGGCGACGUCGUCCUGGCGCAUGUGAAAGGAUACUUGAUGGAAAGGGAUGAUCCCGUCUUUGUGGACACCUACUCAGACGGCAGACCACUGGUCUUCUCACUUGGCACUGAGCCCCAGGGCCUCACGGAGGGACUCUCGGAAGCUUUAGCGACGAUGAAGCUGGGAUCUAUCCGAGCUGUGCAGGUGCCAUCCUACCUUGGCUAUCCUGAAGGGCUGGCACGUGCCAAUGUAAAGCCGCCACUGCGACUCCCUAUUCCUCGCAAGGGGGGGCUGCGCUAUGAAGUAGAGCUACUGCGCUGUGUGCAGGCGCCUGCAGAGAAUGGGGCAAAGGAAAGCCAGAGGUUGUGCUGCUCUGAUGCUGAAUACCCAUGCAAGCUCUCGAAGGACAUCCGCCUGGACGUCACAGAUGUUCCGAGCCAAAAAUAG